UGGAAAGCACAAGGAGGAUUCUUGGCUUGGCCAUUGAGUCCCAGGAUGUUGGCAUCAAAACUAUCACCAUGCUGGAUGAACAGGGAGAACAACUAAAUCGCAUAGAAGAAGGCAUGGACCAGAUAAAUAAGGAUAUGAGAGAAGCUGAGAAGACACUGACGGAGCUCAACAAAUGUUGUGGGCUCUGUGUCUGUCCUUGUAACAGGACAAAGAGCUUUGAGGCUAGCAAGGCAUACAGAACAACCUGGGGCGAUGGAACAGAGAACUCAGCAGAUCAUGUGAUAUCCAUGCAACCAAGAAGUAUAAAUCAGCAUCAGCCUCAGACUUCUGGAGGACCAAGUGGUGGAUAUAUCACAAGGAUAACAAAUGAUGCCAGAGAAGAUGAAAUGGAUGAAAAUCUUGCUCAAGUGGGAAACAUUCUUGGGAAUUUGAAACACAUGGCUUUGGAUAUGGGCAAUGAGAUUGAUGCCCAGAAUAAACAAAUAGACCGGAUAAAUGUAAAGGCUGAUACAAACAGGGAACGCAUUGAGCAAGCCAACAUCAGAGCCAAGAAACUAAUUGACAAUUAAAGCCUGCUGUCAUUGUUCAGUGACACUGUCUCUCCAGCUGCAAGCCACCGUAUUCAUGGAUCUGUGAAAAUUCUAUUCUGAAAUAAGAGGGGCUGGGAAAAAUGAAGCAGUACCCUUUCUAUAGGGAUUAAUUUUCUUCUUUUUUUUUUUUAAUUGCUUCAUGUAAACAUGGCCUUGACUCCAAGAAAGCAGCCAAUGUAACUUCCUCCUACUCAUCUGCCUUCACUUUCUUCAAACUGCUCAGGGCUAAAAGUGUUAUGGCUUUGAGAAUUUUCAUGCAUGUCUUAUUCUCUCUCCCAGUCUUUCUUUUUUUCCUGCACCCAAAAUACAGUCCUUCAUUGAAGCUGAAUAAGCAGAGUAACCUGAAUUCACAGUUGUGUCAAGUUGGAGAGGGCACUUUGCACUGUUUGAAAUACCUCAUAAGUUCAGUGUCUUCACUAAAAUAGGGACUUGGUGAAUAUUGUCUGACUUGUAUCUCUAGCAGGCUAACCGUAGUUUUUCGUUCCAAACCACAUGAUUGGUUUGGGGUUGAGUUUGUGGAUUACAGAAUUGAAGAGGCCCACUACUUAUCACUUGUGGGUUGAGGGCUUUAAAACACUUCCUAACCACAUAACUUUAAUGUAAAGGUAAACUGGAGGCAUAUACAGGUUUCCACUUCUUUCUUGUGAAUUGACAUAGUUUUGAAGG